GUUGACGUCACGGUCUGUUUUCCUACAUCCAGCUGUGGAGAAAAUGGCCGCCACGGCGAUGGACGGGGUUGUGGCUGAUGCGCGUCUCACCGAGGCGAAAAAGAACGAGUAUUUCAGCUCUAUCAACUCCAUGGCCCGGAAGAUAAUGCAGGAGAGGGAGAAGAUUAAGGAGAAGUACGGCUCGGCCUGGGAGGACAUGUCUCCAGCCGAGCAGGACACGGCUAUAGACGACGGGAUGAUGGAGCCGAAGAUCCGGGCUCGCUACGCCAUGCACCGAAUGGACCGCGAAGAAGUGGUGUGUUAUCCCAAAAUGCUGAUCCAAACCGGCCAGAAAAUCGUCCACUUCGGAGAGGAGGAUCUAACUUGGCAGGACGAACAUUCUGCGCCCUUUUCUUGGGAGACCAAAAGUCAGCUGGAGUUCAGUGUGAUCACCGGCGCUCCGGAGCCAGUCUCGUCCUCCGUGACCGAAUCCAAACCCAAAUCAUCUCAAAGCAGCAAGCUGCCCGGGAUCGAGGGAUCGGGAUCAGGAUCGGGAUCGGGAUUGGGAUCGGGAUUGGGAUCGGGAUCGGCGCGCCGUGAUGAGGAGUCCUCUUUCUGGAAGCUGAGUGCCGAGAGGUCACGCCUGGAGGGCGAGAAGGCAGACUUCCAGUCGCUCACGCCGAGUCAGAUAAAGUCGCUGGAGAAAGGAGAGAAGCCGCUGCCUUCGUACCUGAGGUCUGAUUCUGGAUCCAGGGAAGCGCAGGAACCUGCAGCACCACGUCCUGUGAAGCCGAGAGUGUCUAAACCUCCGGCUCCUCCUCCUCCUGCCCCCAUCAGUGUUACCCCGGUGCCUCUGAGUGUUACCCCGGUGCCUCUGAGUGUUACCCCAGCGCCUCUGAGUGUUACCCCGGUGCCUCUGAGUGUUACCCCGGUGCCUCUGAGUGUUACCCCGGCGCCUCUGAGUGUUACCCCGGCGCCUCUGAGUAUUACCCCGGCCCCUCUGAGUGUUACUCCAGCACCCGCUGCACCACCAGGAGGCUGGGAGAGAGCUCAGAGCACGCUGCCGUCCGUCAGCAGCACUAUGGAUGAUGUCUUCAGUCCCGGCCUGGGCACCAAAACGCCUUCAGAGUCGACUAAAGACAGAGAGAAUGAAGACAACAUGCAAACUGGAAGCCCCACCUUUUCACAAUACAACACGAGCAGCGCCAUCCUGAAGACUGGCUUCGACUUCUUGGACAACUGGUAACAUCUGGACGUGACCUCAAGCUGUGGAUCCAUUCCUGACGACAGGACCUCCUCCAUCCUACACACACACACACACACACACACACAAAACAAAACGGUUACAGAUAAACCCACAUCUUAUAACCUAAAUAAAGCUACAAUUAGUAUGUCAUAGAGCUGAGCUGCAGUUGCAUCUAGAUUAAUUAGUGUUACUCUACUUUAAGGAAUAAUUUGGGCAAACAUUGUUCACUUACUCCAAAAGACACGUUUGGUGUGCUAAGAUUGUUUUCUUGAUUUCCCACUGAAGCUAACAGGUUAAUAUAGCUAACGGGUAAUGGAAGCAUAUACAGUAGCUACCAGUUUAGCGUAAAUCAUUACGUUAGCCUCACACCUCCGGGAUUGAGAGUUCGAUUCCUGACUCCGGCCUGUGUGUGUGGAGUUUGCAUGUUCUCCCCGUGCUUCGGGGGUUUCCUCGGGGUACUCCGGUUUCCUCCCUCAGUCCAAAGACAUGCGUUGAAGGCUGAUUGACAGCUCUAAAUUGUCCGUAGUGUGUGAAUGUGUGUGAGAUUGUGCCCUGUGAUGGAUUGGCACCCCGUCCAGGGUGUCCUCUGCCCUGUGCCCCGAGUCCAUUGGGAUAGACUGCAGGCUCCUGCAGGAUGGGUGGAUGGAUGAUGUCUUUGAGACGUGUGUGUGUGCGUGUGUGUGUGAUGGCAGUUUUCACGAUGCUAAAUUGGUAGCUAUAAGCUUCUGUUAUUUAUUAACCACACCAAAUAUGGCUUGUCUGGUUUAUUCCAUUUGAAGUAAUGUUUGUCCAAAGUACUCUUUUAAUUCCUUAUAGAUCAACUUUAGGGCACUAGAACUCAAGAAUAUAAUUGUGCUUAUCAUAAUUGGUCAUAUCAGUAAAUCUCUGAAGAAAUACAUCGUACUGAUUGUAGCUUUAAACCUAGUAACUGAGCAUAGAAAUACGAAUGUAUUCACAAUACGGCAAUAACACACGAGUGAUGAUGAACCUGGACAGGAUAAGACACUUAAGGAACAAAGAUUACACCAAAAAAAAAAAAAAAAAAGGUUAUUUUGACAGAACAUGACGUGUGUAACGUGACGCUGUAGCUAGUCUGCACUAGCUUGUUGGCAUGUCAGCAUUUUAGAUAAUGAGGCUGUUCCGACGUUGUGCCUUGUCUCUGCAAUUUCUUUCCUUUUCCUUCCUUUUCGUUUGUUAUUUAGACCUGAGUACUAGUGCUUCAAUGCUUUAGACAGUUGUUACUGAAAGGAUGAAGACGAGCAUGGUUUUAAAAUGGUGCAUUUUACACUACAGUGGUUUUCUAGACUUUUUGAUACACUUCCUGUCAUUUAUGCUUUGUAUCGUGUCAUGAUCAUGUCUUGCACUCCUGUGACCUGUGUUAAAUAAUCUAUUUAUGAGGUCUCAAACCAAUACUUCAUUCCCUCUCCUUGUCUCUUUCCUUUAUUAGCACAAAUCUUUUUUUUUUUUUUGAAACGAGUCAUCGAGUCGGCUCUUUGAUUCGGUUCUUUUAGGUGAUUGUGAAGAGCCGACUCACAUAUAUGAUCCUUUUUUUUUUAAAUGUAGGCAAUGACUUUUUUUAGUCACAUUUAGGCAAAAACAAGAUAAAAAAAAAAACAAGUGUCAGUUGUAACAUCGCAAACUUGUACAGUUUAGAGAAAAUUGGCAGUGAGUCGACUCUUAUAGACGAGCUGAACCAAAUGAUCUGACUCACUGAAAUAAGGGCUGGAAUUCCCAUCAGUUAUGUCAGUAAGCGUAUAAAUAAUUAAAAAAAAAAAAACUGUGAUCAGACAAAUAUUGUCUUAGGAACGAUGACAGAAAGCAAGUGUUUGUCUGCCUCCUGACUAGUGAUGUGUCGUUUGAUGACGAGUCGGCUCUUUGAUUUGGCUGUUUUAGGUGAUUUUAGAGAGUCGACUCGCCAUACAUGAGCCAUUUUCCCCUGUUUUUUUCCCUCAAAGAUGUACGCACUGUCGUUAACCUUUCAUCAAAAUGUUUCAGUGAGAACCUCUUUUCAACAUCUGAGCUGUUCGUGAGUUGUGUUUGACUCUCAGCUAUGUGUAUUGUGUGUACUGUGUGUAUUGUAUGUACUACAAGAGGUGAUUGGUUGCACUGUAGGCUGAUUGGCAUUCUCACAUUGUCCAUGGGGUGUGAAUGUGUGUGCGAUUGUCGAGUAAGAUUUUUAUUAAAAAAUUUCAGUCCUGAGAGAAACAGCCACAGGUCAAGAUAAGCUUGAACAGUUCAGAAAAAGCCCUUUUGGGAGCCGAAAGAGUCAACUCUUAUUGAUGAGUCAAAUGAUUUGACUCACUGAAUCAAGCUGAAAUUCCCAUCACUACCUGUUACAAUUCAGACUGUGUCCUGGAGGGAGGAAUAAUACCAAAUUAAUGCAAAAAAAAAAAAAAAAGAGUGUUCUCUUUAUCAGCAGGAACUGAAGAACUAAAUGAGGGUUGAAGCAGAUUUACAGAAAAGAUUCUGGAUGAGAAAAACAAUUCCAGUGCAAAAAUAAAGAACACAUUAAACACCAAACGUGCUUUAACUAUAUUUGGGGUAAGGAAAAAAAUGAUAUUAUGCAUUUUUGAUAAUUUGCCAAGCUAUAAAGUGGCCAGAAAUGAGGAAAAGAAACAUUUAAGUCUCCAAAAAGAGCUGGCUAACUGUGCAAAACAUAAUGACCUAGAGCUGAUCUCUGUUCCGAUAUUAUUCACGCAAGAAGAUCAAGAUAAAAUGCUGUGUUAAAUUGUAUGCAUUCCUCUUUGUGUCCACCAGGUGGCGAUCAAAUCAAUAGGUAAUAAACCCAGUCCUAUUUAUUUAUUUAUUUAUUUUAAAGCUUUUUUUGUAAAGUUUGGGGAAACCUUUAGCUGUUACUAGCUUUCCUCAUGUGUUCGAGUGUAACAUCACUAACUUACACACCAACAUAAACCAUUAGAAAUGCACAGUUCUGUGGAAAUCGAAGGUUUUAUACCGUAUUUGAAGGUUUGUGCAAUAUUGCGCCAUCAAGUUUUGACCCUCAAUAAAGUCAAAGCAGACAUUA